AUACCUUUCUUCUCUCCUUAGCCCUUGUCUUUUUUUCUCUCCAAGUUUGGCAUCCCCUUCUCCUUAACCACCAAGGAAGUCUUCUACUUAUUGAGAAAGCCCCCACUUUACCACAUGCUCCAUAUUUGGCUUGUUUUCUCAAUCAAGCAAGAGCAAAGAAGCAGAAGCAGAAACUAUAGCAGAAGAAACUGAGAGUGAUCAGAGUGAAGGGAAAUGGGAGCUGAUUGGGGACCAGUUAUUGUUGCAGUGGCUUUGUUCAUACUCUUGUCUCCUGGUUUGUUGUUCCAGUUUCCAGCAAGGUAUAGAGUGGUUGAGUUUGGCAACAUGAGCACCAGUGGGAUUGCAAUUUUGAUUCAUGCCAUCAUAUUUUUCUGCAUACUUACCAUCUUGGUUGUAGCAAUAGGCAUUCACAUACACAUCAACUGAUCAAUCCAACUUCACCACAAAUCCUCAUCAUUAUGUUUACAAUUACCUUCUUCUCUUUUCUCUUUUGCUCCUUUCAUGUACUAAUUUCCCUUUUAAAGUUUUUCAUCUUGGGCACUGUGUACCAAAAAUUUGUUCAAAAUGGAUAAGGAGAUAUAAAACUAUAUAGGAAUUAUGUCUUUUGUUACUGUUUAAUUUCAGUAGUCUUUAUGCUU